AUGGCCUAUUUUCCAGCUGGAUGUCAAAUCGGCAUUCUUGCAUGGAAAUUUGGAGGAACAGACGAUCUUAUAUUUACUGGAAAUGAUGGUGUCAUGUUUAAAGAAUUCAAGAAAUCUAUGUUGGUUGAAUUUGAAAUGUCUGACCUUGGUAUGAUGCAAUACUUCCUUGGCAUAGAAGUAGUACAAUCAGCUAAUGGGAUCUUUAUUUCUCAAAAGAAGUAUGUGCAAAAUAUUUUGGACAGGUUUCGAAUGAAGGAUUGCAAUCCUGUAAGCACUCCAACUGAGUUUGGUUUGAAGCUAAACAAAGAUCAUGAAGGUAAGAAGGUGGACAACACACUUUACAAGCAAAUUGUUGGCAGUUUGAUGUAUUUAACUGCAACAAGACCAGACAUAAUGUAUUAUGUGAGUUUGAUAAGUAGAUAUAUGGAGAAUCCAACAGAAAUGCAUUUGUUAGCUGCCAAGAGAAUCCUUCGUUAUUUGCAAGGAACUAGAGAUUUUGGGCUGUUCUACGAGAAGGCUGAAAAGUUAGAGUUGUUCAGGUUUACUGAUAGUGAUUAUGUAGGAGAACAAGAUGAUAGAAGGAGCACUUCGGGCUAUGUUUUUAUGUUGGGCACAGGGGCUGUUUCAUGGUCUUCUAAGAAGCAACCAAUUGUCACCUUGUCAACUACAGAAGCUGAAUUUAUUGUUGCAACUGCUUGUGCUUGUCAAGCUAUUUGGUUGAAAAGAAUUCUUGAAGAGCUACAGUUCAAGCAAGUUGAAGCUACUACAGUUUUUUGUGACAACAACUCAGCAAUCAAACUCUCCAAGAAUCCUGUGUUACACGAAAGAAGCAAACAUAUCGAUGUGAAAUAUAUUUUUUAA